GUCUGAAGCGGAGUCAGUCACUCGCGGAUACUGCAUGCGGUAGGAUUCGUAUGUUUUGUGUAUUUUUGUAUUGUUCGUACAUCUACGCCAGGAUAGGUGCGAUGGAUCCAGAUGUCAUUGUGAAUGGUUAGGGGCAUGCAUAAUCUUAGAUGUUUUGAUGAUGGUAUUACUUACCGCAAUGUUUCUGUCGGAGUGGCAGGUCUUGGAAAUCCAACUGUAAAAUAGCUCCCGGAUAGCAAAUGGAUCAUACAAAAAAUGUGAAAAAGUGUUGUGAAACAGAUUUGCAGUGAACUGAAGUUUGUGAAUGCAUCGGAAGCAGAACGUGCACCCAAUGAGGUCAGAGUUCUGGAUCUUCUAAACGUAAAAGAUUGUGUUUGUGUGAGUGUGCCUGUGUGCAUGUAAAUGAGCAAAUGUGAAACGAGUGAGUGCCGCUACUGCAAAAACGAGUGUACGUAACCCCUAGCCCGGAAGCUGACCGAAAAUCAUUCUGAACCAUUGGUGAGUGUGGUGCGCGUUAGUGAGGUUCAGAGGGAGAAUCCGAAAAAGAGGGUUCUCCCUUACUGUGGAGCAUGGGAUCACUUCCGAGCGUAAUGGAUUUACGGCUUCCCAUACUGUGGUUGCUGCUGGCGGCAGAACUGUCGCUAGGGCUGCGUAACGUACGAGUCACCGUCCCAACGGCUGUUCGCAGAGGCGAUCCGGUCCAUCUCUUCUGCGAGUACGAGCUAGAAGACAACGAGCGGUUAUACUCGAUCAAAUGGUACAAAGGCAAACGAGAGUUCUAUCGCUAUACGCCCCAGGUACACCCGUCAGUGCAAGUAUUCAGUACCGUCAGUGGAAUCGACGUAGAGCGGUCACUUUCCAACGAAAGCCACGUCGUGAUGAAGGCAGUUGAGACAAACUACGCGGGGAAGUACAGCUGCGAGGUGUCGGCAGAUGCGCCUUCGUUCCACACAAUCAUCGUCUCAGGGGACAUGGAAGUAAUCGAGCCACCUAUUGAACAGCCAUCCGUGACGGGAGUGCAGGCGAGGUAUCGGCCAGGCGAUAUUCUACGAGCCAACUGCACCUCGCAUAAUUCGAAACCAGCAGCAAAUUUGACGUGGACGAUUAAUGAUGUACCGAUUCCGGCACAGUACGUGAAGCUGUACCGACCUAUAAGGGAUACGUUCACUGGACUGGAGACAUCCAUUGCCGGUGUCAACUUUAUGGUGGCGCACGAUCAUUUCGUAAAGGGAAAGCUGAAGUUAAAAUGCUCUGCCUCUAUACACCAGCUAUAUCAUGAGACCAUCGAACAGCUCGUGCCGGAAGAUCGGCCGCGGAUAUUGGCAACAGGCGUAUCGGCGAGCGGGCACAGCAUCAGCCUCUACCAAGGCACGGUACACGAGUCUGAACAGACGGAUCAGAGCGACGCCUAUCUCACCGUGAACGGCUACAAAGCGGACAAAUCAUCCCCGCUCGCAUCGUCAUCCGGCAGUUUGCAGAUCGAUUCCUACGUUAAGGUGUGUUGGGUAACGUUCUACAUCUGCAUCAUCUGUACCGUGAUGGUAUACUCGAUACGCUAUCUGAUGGUCACCUGACCCCAGCAGAGGGAGGCCAAGAGCGGUGCUGGAUCGGCCAAUGUCUCCAUGGCAGAAGGUACGGCACUCGAGCUGGAUACGCUUCCGAGCAGUUACCCUGUUCCGCCGCCCCCGUCUGCAGCCACCAUUUCUUCGCCGGCCCUCGUCAACCUGGACAGCUGCGUCCUGUUCGUUCCAAGGUGAUGCAACACGUUGCGAACCAGUGUGCCGAUGACUGUGUGCGUACCUUUGUUUGGUACUUACGCCCCAAGGCAAUCGUUUAACCGACCGGCCAGUCGGUUUGGUGAAAAUCACAAAUCUCAAAAACAAGCUUAAAAAUUGGGUUACUGUAAAUGUAUUUUCCGGUGCACAGGCACGGCAUAAAAUUGCUACAUCGACGCAAAUACGAAUAGCAAAACAUUAUUGCUAUCAUGAAAUUCGUAGUAAAUGAGCCAACAAAACAUGAAGGUUUAGUUUAUUACAGCGUACAUCUACUUUUAUAGCAUGAUUGCGACAGCUGCCAUGACAAAGGUGGCGGGUUGAUGAAUUGAUCAGAAGGUUUUGUCAACAUGGGGGAAGUGAUGUGUCUAGGUGAUAACAAUACAACAGUGGCAUCAUUGGUACUGAACAAAUCUUUACGUUACCUUCUCUUUAGGUAAAAUUUGUAAAAAGUUUUAACUAAAUGUACAUAAAACGCUACUAUCUUGCUUGUGCCAACUCCUGUCGUUUUCCUUCCUUUUCCCCCUUCCCCACCCUUUGCGACACAGUCAAAUGAAUUUUAAUGUAUCGUUAUACAGCGUAAGCUAUGGUGUAAAAUUUAGUCCAUCGAAUGAUAGCAACAGUUAAGAUAUAGCACGUACAAUGAAGCGAACAGACCGAAACCUGUGACGCGUUGAGUAAACAUAGGCAAACAAAACAGGUUUAACUAGCUAACUAUAAGAUACUACGAUCUGUAAAUAUGCAUACACCCAAGCAAGAAUGUAGAAUACCUACCGACAAGCAACUGGAACGUAAAUGGCCGUACACAAAUACAAACAAGCAGAAUACAAUGCAUCCUUUAACCGUACCAAGUAAAUGUAUGCUUACCUUGCGUUUCAUAUCGGGUAGAUCACCCUCACACAAAAGGGUUUUCAGUUACUGGGCUUGAAUUACCUGUAAUAGAUAAACAUGUAUCAAUUUGUUGUUCACUACCAAACAGAAAAGAAACAAAUAAACUGACAGAUGGGA